ACGACGCAGAGUAUCUGUCGUGUACUUGGAGUUGUCGGCAUAAGGUGUUUGUAUAGGCACGUAUCUGCAUACAUCAAUCGACUGCGUUUGAUUACUUACGGUAUUCUGCUAUUUUUUUAACUGUUUUGGCUGUUAAAGAAAUUUUUUUAAUCUUUUGAAUGUAAAAUAACACUUUAUGGAAGUUCUCAAUGGCGGCUAAAAAUGAAGAAUUUUUAGCUGACCGCUUAUUUGCAAUUACGAUUCCUGUUGCAAAUGCUAGGCAAGCGGUUGGUCGACAAAAUAAUGGAAAUCGUUCAAACAACCAACAGUUUGAUAGAGGAGGAAAUGGAUCUAAUGGACUCCAGGGUGAGAGAGGUAGAUAUCACCAGAGAGAAAAUAAUUUUGAUGGUAAUCGAGCUAGACUGGAUGAGGGACGAUACAGCAGAGGACUACAGCCAGCUGCAAACAACAGAAGUCAAAAUGGGCACCUGCAGAAUAAUUUUAACAGGAGGAACAUGUCCAAUGACAGAAGCAUCAUGAGCGGCAGCCAAGAGUCUUUGCCUGGCAGCGGCAGAGGUAGGAGAGGGUAUUCUGCUGUGCGUUACAGACAAGAAACGGCUGGUGGUAACACGUCCUGGAAGCAGGAGAACAGACGUGAGGAUAGAAACAAUACUGAUGGGAACAGGCAGCAAGGAGGUAGAGUAGGUGCGAGGGGAGACGCAGAAAACGGCCAGAGGUCUGAAAAUGGCGUCACUGAAGGUGGUCGGAGACGUGGUGCGUUCAAACAAAUGCUCGGCUUCAGGCGCUUGGAAGACCUGGCAUCGAAAGAGCCAGAGGAUAUUCUCGUUACCCUAGCCAACAGCCAGUCUGGUUUCGGGGACCUUCUGGCGGGAGAUCUCCGCCCGGACCUGAUGAUCCUAGUUGUUAAAGUUCUUGCAAAAGCAUGCAUGGCAUCUUUCCUCGAAGUCAAGGUAACUGUAUUGGGCAACGCAUGCAAUAGGUGCUUUGUAGACCAGCUGACUAAGCACGUUGGUACAAUACCAACGGACGAAAGCAAGAAAAGGAAAGCUAUUCUAAGCGAGUUUCUGGAUGACUUAUUUACGUUUUGUCACACUGCUCUCAGUCUGCUGCCUGUAAACGCAUCUGAUGUAUUUCCUCAAUUGUUUUUCACAAUCGAGGGAGCUUUAAAGGGAGUUGAACGUUAUCAAGGAAUAUCAAUGCAGGACAAGAUAAAGCAGUUUGAUGAAUUGCAGACUCUGUGUGUUAAGGCCAAGAAAGAGUCUGAGAAGAAAGUGAGCAAGGCAGGGGAGAUAAUGCAGUAUCAGGAACCACCUAACAACUAUAGAGAGAUAAACCUUUACCCUAACAUUCAAGACAUUUUCCCUGAAAAUGAUCAAGCUCCUUUUAUUCGUCCCAACAUUGUGAAAGGAAGUUAUAUAAAUGUUGAGCAUUAUCUGGAUGUACAAUUUCGUUUGCUUCGCGAAGAUUUUGUUAAACCUCUACGUGAGGGAAUUCAGGAGUACCUGUCCUCGAAAAAAGAGAAAGCUCACAAGUUUGGGAGCGUGAGAUUUUAUCCCAAGGUGAUUUUCUGUGGGACGAAAUCUGUGAAUAAUAGCGUGGGCAUGCUCGUGUGUUUUGAUCCUGAAAAACGUAUGAAAAACAUCAAGUGGGAAUUUUGUCGUAGAUUUAUGUUUGGCUCUUUGUUGUGCUUUUCCAAAGAUAACUUUCAUUCAGUGAUUUUUGGCAAGGUUUUGGAACGGGAUUUGAAAGAUUUGAAAGUAGGAAACAUUGUAAUUGACAUAUGCAGCGGAAUUGAGCUACAGAUGGACAGUAGCGAAUACAAAAUGGUGGAAUCUGAAGUUUAUUUUGAACCAUACUAUCAUGUUAUGAAAGCACUUCAGAACAUGACUGAAAAUUCAUUUCCUAUGAGCCAGUACAUUGUUCAGGUGCAACCUCGUAGUGCACCUCCAGCCUACCUUCGAGCUAGACAUCCAGUGUAUGAAGUAGGUGGGUACAGAUUUCCUGUUCUUGAUGAGCAGUUGUGGCCAUCAUCAUCCCAGUUGAAGCUGGACGAUUCACAAUAUAGAGCCUUCAAGUCAGCUCUCACCAAAGAAUUUGUUGUGAUUCAAGGGCCACCGGGCACAGGAAAGACUUUCCUUGGCCUGAAAGUUGCCACAGUUUUGUUGAAGAACGUUGAUGCCUGGAAUCACCCACAUACACCUAUCCUUGUGGUCUGCUUUACCAACCACGCACUCGAUCAGUUCUUGGAAGGCUUGCUGGAUGUCACUGAAAACCUCGUUAGAGUUGGAGGGCAGAGCAAGAACGAAAGGUUGCAGAAAUUCAGUCUGAAGGAGAGACGACAGUCUUCGAGGCGUACACGGCAACUUUCCUCCCUCAUGAAGGAUCAGCAACAGAAAAUGUCGGAACUGAUGCGCAAGAUUAAAAGCAUUCAGAAAGAUCUAGAAUUAGUCACUGGUAAUGAGGGAGUAGUAAGUCUUGCUACACUCAAGGAAGUUGGUGGUGUUCAUCAGAAUGGUGACGUUUUCAGAGAAAACGGCUUGGUCAGCAAUGAAAUGUUAUUGACGUGGUUGACUACAGACAAGGAUGAAUUUGGAAAUGUAGAUCGCAAAGGGGAGCAGGCAAUGAACGCACAGUAUCCCCCACAAGAGACACCACUCGAGGAGAAUGGUGACGUAGUAGACGGUUACGACGACGAUCUGGAGCUAGAGGAUAUCAAUGUAGUUGACGAUGAGAUUGACUUGGGAAUCAGUCCAGACAGCAUAGUGCCACGUGUCACUCUGGCAGUCUCAAUGUCUACUUUGGAAAGUGAGAUUGACAGAUUGACCAAGGAGGUAGGUUCCCUGGAUGAGACGGUGAGAAAUGACGCGGCCGUGUACAACAGGAGGUGGGGGCUGGAAGACCAGCUCGCGGAGAAAAAGCUGGUGAUGAACUAUUUGAAAAUGCGACUGCUGCAGCCUCAGCCCGAGGCUCGCGUGGUAGAGCGACUCUCGGCCCGCAGGGACUUGAUGGGUCUCGGUGUGAACGAGCGCUGGGUGGUCUACCGCCACUGGGUCGGCCAGCUGCAGGAGGUCCUGAUCAGAGAGUCCGGCAGGCUGGGGGAGCAGUUCAGGAAAGAAAACAGGAACAUGACCGAAAUAAGGAUGAUGGACGACUUGGAAGUGAUGAAAGAUGUUCAGGUGGUCGGCAUGACUACAACCGGGGCCGCCAGACUGCAACCACUCCUGCAGGCACUGAAGCCAAAGAUUGUUAUUGUGGAGGAAGCAGCUGAGGUGAUGGAGUCCCAUAUCGUUGUGUCGUUAACUGAGGACUGUCAGCAUCUGAUCCUCAUUGGGGACCAUCAGCAGCUUAGGCCAACCACAGCAGACUACCACCUUGCCCGGAAGUUCUACUUCGACAUAUCCUUGUUUGAACGCAUGCUGAAGAACGGAAUGCACUGCGAGACCCUGAAAGUGCAGCAUCGUAUGCGACCAGAGAUAGCCCGGCUGAUUGUCCCCACCAUCUAUCCAGAGCUUCGAAACGACGAGACUGUUCAUCGAUACGAGAAGAUUCUGGGAGUGGACAAGAGCUUGUUUUUCAUAACCCACAAUCAUCAUGAAGAUAAGGUUGAAGAUUCAUCAAGUCGUAAGAAUACUCACGAAGGAGCAUUUGUUAUUGCUCUCUGUCGUUACCUUCUGAUGCAAGGAUAUCAACCAGACCAAAUAACAGUUCUGACAACGUAUUCAGGACAGAUGUUCUAUUUGCGAAAUGAACGUAGAAAGUUUGAAAUGCUGAGAGAAGUCAAAAUGACUGUUGUGGACAACUUUCAAGGGGAAGAAAAUGACAUAAUUCUUCUGUCGUUGGUUCGAAGCAAUGAAGAGGGAAAAAUUGGUUUUCUUAGUAUUGAGAACAGGGUGUGCGUCGCCUUGUCGAGAGCAAGGAAGGGACUUUACAUAAUCGGGAACAUGGACCACCUGACCGGGAGCAGCGAGCUGUGGCGGCAGAUCCGGGCCAGCCUGGUGGCGCAGCAGUCGCUGGGCGGGGCACUGCCCCUGCGCUGCCAGGUGCACCAGGGCCAGUGCAGCCAGGUGAAGGCAGCGGGCGACUUCCUCAGGAGCGUCCCCGAGGGGGGCUGCAUGCUGCCGUGCCGGGUGCUGAUGCCGUGCGGCCACAAGUGCCAGAGCGUCUGCCACGUGCAGGACCGCGAGCACGCCGCCAAGCGCUGCCUCCAGGACUGCGCCAGGUCCCCGCCUGAUUGCACCUUCUACCACAAGUGCCCGAAGCUGUGCUCCGAGGAAUGCGGCGAGUGCUGCGUGAUCGUUGUUCGGCAACUGCCGUGCGGCCACGCCAAGGACCUGAUGUGCCACGUUGACCACCGCACCUACAAGUGCCAGGUCGCCGUGCCCUCGACGCUGCCGCACUGCGGCCACGCGGUGGACAAGCCGUGCCACCGGAACGUGGCCACCUUCCCGUGCCCGGUGCCGUGCGAGAACCGCCUGCCGUGCGGGCACAGCUGCGAGCUGUCCUGUCACGUCCUCAGGGAUCCCGACCACCUGGAGUACAAGUGUCGGAAGCCGUGCGCCAAGACCUACACCGGCUGCACCAAGGACCACAAGUGCGAAAAGCGCUGCCACGAAGUGUGCGGCCUGUGCACGGUGCCCGUGCAGAAGAGGCUGGAGUGCGGCCACGUGCACAAAGUGCCGUGCAGCACGGACACCGCGACUUUCGAGUGCCGGCGCGACUGCGGCAAGGUCCUGCCGUGCGGCCACAAGUGCAAGAGGAAGUGCUUCGAGCAGUGCGGUGGCUGCCAGGAAAAGGUGAAGAAGCAGACGGCGGGGUGCGGCCACCUGCAGACGUGCAAGUGCUGCGAGGAGCCGGACCCGAGCAGGUGCAGGGGCCCGUGCGUGCGGAGGCUGCCGUGCGGCCACGCUUGCACCGGGGUGUGCCGCGACCCGUGCAAGGAGCCGGUGCCCAGCCCGGUCCGCCCCGCGUGCGGCCACCCCAUCCAGCUGCCGUGCCACCUCGUCUCCAGGGGCCUGUGCCCGAGUGCGGAAGAGCUGCUCCAGUACUGCCAACAGCCAUGCGGGAUGACCCUCCAGUGCAAGCACAAGUGCAAAGGAAGCUGCGGACAGUGUCUCCAGGGGCGCAUCCACAUGCCUUGUGGCGAGAAGUGCGGCCGUGUGCUGAUUUGUGGCCACAGCUGCGAGAUCCCAUGUGCUGAGAGUUGUCCUCCAUGCAAGCAGAAGUGCACCUACCGUUGCAAGCACUCCAGUUGUUCUAGGAAAUGCGGCGAGCCGUGCAUCCCAUGCACUGAACUCUGCGAGCUCGGCUGUGCGCACGGGCGCUGCACGAAGCUGUGCCACGAGCCGUGCAACGUGAAGCCGUGCACCAGGCCGUGCAAGAGCCUGCUGGGGUGCGGCCACCCCUGCAUCGGCUACUGCGGGGACCCGUGCCCCCCGCUGUGCCGGGUCUGCGACCAGGACGAGGUCACGGAGGUGUUCUUCGGCGACGAGGAUGAAGAAGAUGCCAGGUUCGUGUACCUGGAGGACUGCAAGCACACGCUUCUGGGCGAAGCGCUGGACACCUGGCUGCAGGGUCGCGAGGCUGAGAUCUCGAUGAAGGGCUGCCCCAAGUGCAAGACGCCCAUCACGAGGACGCAGCGCUACGCCGACAUGGUCAAGGCGGUCUACCAGGACGUGGUCGCGGUCAAGGCGAAGGUGUUCGGGGACCUGGAGGUCAUCGAGGCGAGCCGGGAGCAGCUGAAGGAGCGGCUGCGUGCUCUGGAGCCGUCGCGGUUCGCAGACAACGCCGUCAUUUCAGGUUCCCAAGAGUAUAAGGAGUUAUACGGAGAGCUGUGCAGUCGGGUUGAGCAAGUUAAACAGAAUAGACGGAAUGUCCUGAGCCAUUUAGACAGCCAGAUGUUGAAUGUGGUCGUGGAUGUAAUCAGCGAGUUGAUCUCUGGCAUAAUAAAACUAACAGCGAUGGAUGCUGCAUGGCAGAGUAAGCUUAGAUUACAAUUGGACUUGCUGCUCAAGUCUUUGGGGAAGCGACAGAAUUCUAUAACCACUCAGGAAGUCGAAGAUAUCAAUUUGGAGCUGAAGCGCUUCAGUAGACUGUUGCAGAUGUGCUCGCUCGCCAACACAGUGCGUUUUAAAAUGGCAGCCCACCAUCCGCAGGUCAAGAAAGCUUAUGAGAAUGUCGGAGGCGUGAUAAUGGCCAUUGCCAAGUUCUCGGACGAAGCGGAUAGGAACGCCCGGGAUCAGCUGGCAGCUUUGAACAAAGAGGUGGGGUUGGCAGUCAUCGUGACGAACGAGGAGCGACGGUCGAUCGUGGGCGCCUUGGGCAUGAGGCAGGGCCACUGGUACAAAUGUCCCAACGGUCACCUGUAUGUGAUUGGAGAAUGUGGAAGAGCCAUGCAGGUUGGGCGGUGCAACGAGUGUGGCGCGAGCAUUGGGGGUACAAACCACUCUCUACUGAGCUCAAAUAGGACUGCGUCAGAAAUGGAUUAAGGCCAUGAAACAGUUAUAAUAGGCAGUUGUUAACAACAUGACAGUAGAUUUGUCCUUGUUCAACAUAAACUAUUAUCAUAGCUUUUAUUUUGUUCAGUAUUUUAUCCUUAAAAUUAUGAUGGUCAUUAUCUUCAAUGUGCACAUUCCCUCGUCCUCUGUGACGGUGUGAAUUUUGCUGUGUUAUGCUUUGUGUUUAUAAUUAUUGAGUAUAGCUUUAGCUUAGAUUAUUGUAAUACAUUUAUUUGUUUGUGAUUUGUUAAAAUGUUUUAGCCAAUACAUACAAAAUAAAAUCUGACAUUUUUAAUUUUUGUUGUUGAAGCAAUUUAACUAUAAAUGUCAUUGCAGUUCAAGUACUAAAUACAGCAAAUUCUCUCUAGUACGUCCCUCUUGUUAAUGUACAAUCCAGUAUAACGUAUAAAGCCGCCGGUCCCUUGAAAUGCCAUGCAAAUUUAUAGGCAUAAUAAAUAUAUAACGUACGUUUUUGAAAGCCCUGGACUGUAAUUUCUCGUUAAUACGUAUUGUUUUGCCGAUAUUUAUUCACAAAAUAUUAAACACUUUCUCAUUUCAUUCACAAUUCUAUAGCUUUGUUUGACAGGUCUUGUGGAAUUUGUUUACAGCAGUUUUCUUUAUUUCGUUGAGUAAAAUGGCAGUUGCAGUGCUGGUAACCGUGCGGAUAGAAAUUUCAUUCCUAUAAAAAAAAUGUCCGUUUUUUGUGUGAUUAGUGUAGCAACAUUAACAUUUAUGCGGAAUAAUCAAGAGUUAUAAAAAAAAACGCUUAACUUUCAAUUAAGAAAAAAACUAUUUGAUUAUAAUAUUUAUCCUACAAAAUGCGUAUUUUCGCGUUUGAAUUUGUAGCAAUGGAUAUUGGCCGAUGGCGGCCAUAUCUGGCUAGGUACAUAAAACGUGGAUUAUACGAUGACCAACGAAUACUAAUGCAUUUUUUGUUACCGUUUGUUUUCUGUUACGAUGACCUAACCUAUAAUUUGUUUGUAAACAUCAUUUCAGAUUGACAUCUUUCGCAAUCGUACACAAAUGUAAUACGUUUACAAAAUUUAUUUAACAGAUCUAGUGGCACACAGUUUCCGACGCUAGUGAACAUUUUGUGACGUUUCGUGAAGCUUGUUUAAUGGCGAUGUGACGACGUGGAUAACUAGUUUAUAUUUUUAUAUUUAGUGUAUUACGGCAGCAUAUGUAGGUAGGCCUACCCGUAGAAGUUAUGAUGAGUAACCAAAAGCGUGUGGGUAUCAGCAUUGCAAAACGUUAUGAAAGACAUUUCUCAAAGGAAAGUUUAAACAAACAUUCUUGACUAUAUGAAAAAAACUGUGGGUACUGUAUGUUGUACAGUUGAACAUUAUUUUAUAAUUGGGUUUGAAUAUGUCCAGAUAUUAGGGAAAAUAUACACACAAAAUGCAAAUUCUGCCAAUUAUUUCUCAUGGACUGGUUCUGUUCCAUUGCAUGUCAGUGCAUUUGGCAUGUCUAAUUCAACUGUAACAAAAGGUCAUUCAGGUUUUCAAUGUUUUUUUAAUUGUGCUGUUUAGUCUUGAAAUUUAACUUUUUUUUUUUUUUUUAUGUCAUUAGUUCACUACUAGAAAUAAUAAUAAUAAUAAUAAUGUAGUAAUUAUGCCUACAAUAAAAAAGACAUCAGGUUGUUGAAAUUGGCGCGAAGUGACAAAUUGUAACAUUUCUUCUGGAUGAACCCAAUAUAAAGUACACCUCCAUUAAGUAGUGUGUAAUUUUCUGGUCCCCUCAAGUACUUAAUAAAGGGAAUUUACUAUGUU